UUCUCAUUUCACCGUAGCGAGUAUUUGACAAUUAAAUAUAACGUAAAAUAUUUGGAGGAUGGCGCUUUUGUGUCAACUGCAAAAGAGAAUCGACAAACUUGCUCGGGAGAAGACACUACUUGGAUCUGGAGGUGGGCUAAACAUUUCAUAAAAAAUGGAUUUGACGAAGAGUCAGAUGAAGGAAUAGAAAUUGGGAAUUUUAUGAAUUUUAAUCCGUUUACCCUCAAAUUUGGAAUAUAUCGAAUCAAUCUCAAGAUUAAAAGAGUUAUUCAGGCGUCCACAAAUGAGAACUUUGAUGAGUGUUACUUCAAAGUGACGCCUUGGCCUUUAGAGGCUGUUAUUGAUGGAGGUGAGGUAAGAGAAAUAGUAAAAGAUGAAGGAUUAACCCUCACUGCUUCACGUUCCUAUGAUCCAAACGAACCCUUCAAACGCCAACAGUCAACAAAGCUCCUCUGGACCUGUGAAUGCCUAACAAAAAACAUCACAGGUUGUGAAGAUACCUGUGACUUUAAUAAAAAAGCCCCUUAUAAUUGGUUGCAAGCUUACCAAAACUUUUAUCUCCCCCCAGCAAAGAUUCAGUUUAAUGCACAGUACAAGUUUACUUUGGCGGUUGACAGCUCGAUUCAAUAUAAAGACAAAAACAUAGCUCCACAAUACAGUCAGGUCACUAUCAAAGUGGCAAAUCAAACUGUUACUGAAGCUACUAAUUAUUUCAUAGAAUGCAUCCAAAACUGUCACAGAGAAAGAACUCUUCCGAACGAGUUGUUAUUUUUGAAGGCAAAAUUGUAUGGGAAGCAUGGAUCCAUCCAACAAGUCAAUUCCACAAAGAGGUUUCAAUGGUCAUGCUCAAAAGGGAAUAAUUCCACUCCUUAUUCGCUACAAUCUAAGAAGCUUGCGAACUUACCAAACCACAUGUUGGCAGUCAGACAAGGCUUUUUUGAACUAGGAACUUCCUACUCCAUCAUGCUACAAGAAUCUGGUAAUUCAACGCAAUUGGCAGAAUAUAGCUUCAUGACUAUAUCAAUUUCCUAUACUGGGGACUGCAAAAUUGAACCUGAGUCAGGCAUUAAAGGAGUGACAAAUUUUUUUAUCACAUGUGAUGGACAUGAUGGCUUUGUAUUUGAGUAUUAUGACAAAAGUGAAGAGGAUAUGGCAACAAAAGCGGCUUUCAAAGGUAGAAUGCUGGGUACAUCAGAGUUCUUAGGACGUUUAGAAGGUGUAAAAUUAACAAGAGGGAAUGUUGCUGUGUAUAUAAAACACAAAGAUUCAGGAAUCUACACUGUCAAGGUUAUUAAAGUGAAGCUUGAAGUUUGGUCCGUUGACGAGGAUCUGAUGGAUGAAAUCAUGGAAAACCUUACAUCUACUAUCCGAUUGGAGGAUCUUUCAACUACUAUGAAUGCUGUUUCCUACAUUACUGAUAUCCUACCUGAUUGGGUGGAUAAAAGUUCGAUGCUUAUAGAUCUUCUAUUGCCUCUUGACCAGAUUAGACUGCAUACAGUCGCUGAUGUCAAAUUGAGUGUUUCGACAAUGAAAAACGUCCUCGAAAGUUUGUUCACGCCGCACACGCCAACAAUGGACUUUGACUUGACCUUAACGACAUUUGAGAUAAUAAAAAGACAGGUUAAGUUGUUGGGAAUAGUUACGGCUCACAGGGAAACCUCUCAGUGGAUACCAUCUGACGAAAUCACUCAAAUAACUACAAAUGUUCUCGAUAAUCUCCACUCUGCAUCAAAAUAUCUACGCACUACUUCUGAAGGAAUGUCUGAAGAAGCUGCAGGUUUCGACACCAUUUAUCUUUUAAGAGAAGCGGCAAUAGAAACUGAAGACAUCCUUGAUUGGGCCAAAGACAUUCUGUCUUACAUUCAAGCUCCAGGCUUACCUCCUGCCAUGGUGGGGUCUUCAGACAAGUCUUUUCAAGUUUGGGCUAUGGGAAACGACGAUGAUUACCGUGUUCCAAGAAUGCUAUGGAGGAAUAAUGUUGUACCGAUUGGUGUUUCCAAUACUCUUAUACGGUCCUUAGAUAAGAGAAGCGCAUCCGGUAUGAAAUUGUAUUUCCAGGCGGCAACAGUCGACAGGAAUAUAUUCUCCUGGUCUCAAUCUGAUGUUAAGUCCAAAUUGGUUUCCGUCAGUGUAGCUAAGAAGAAAAAGAGUAAAUAUUUGGAUAAGGUGUCGCAACUUUCCGUUCCCAUUUACGUGGCCGUAGAUAUGGAGAAGAAUUUGACCCAUACCACUGUAAGUGGAAGUGCUAUGCAGCUGGACCCUAGUUUAGACCUGGAACUCCUGGAUAACGGUGUUUCAAUCCACAGAAUUGACACUCCCCCCAAAGGAUUGAUUAGGAUCCGUUUUCUCUUCCCUGCGACUAAUGAAUCAUUAAGAGUGCUUGUGACAGAAAACUACCGCCCCGACUAUGCGAUGAUGACAAAUGAAAGGGGAUCACAUGUGUUGAACUCGUCCAAUCCCGUGUACCCUUUAAAGCACCGAUUAGUGGAUGCCAGCAUGUUUUUAUACAUGGGAAUAUUGCCUGGGUCAGGAGUGCCAAUCAAUCAGAGUGUACACUAUACAUUUGAGGUGACAUUAACCUUGUGUCAGCUGUGGAUUGAGAGCCAGUGGAGCACCAUAGGAUGUGGAGUCAGUCCCAGGUCUACAGCUGUAAGGACGGUUUGUGUGUGUAACCACUUGUCGAUAAUCGCUGCAGCGUUCCCCGUCCCUCCUCAGAGUAUAGAUCCCUUCAAUGACGCUAAGCUGUUUCUGACUGUCUUGGACAACCCACUGGUCGUGCUGUUUGUUAUUGUUCUUUUACUCAUCUAUUUACUACUCGUGCUGUGGGGACGGUGCAAGGACAAUGAGGACCAAUAUAAGGGAAGAGUUAUAGUGCUGGAUGAUAACUUUCCUGAAGACACGUACCCUUACUUGGUGGCAGUUCAUACCAGCGCUAGGUUCAAUGCUGGCACAACAGCACAUGUUGGCAUCCAACUCACAGGAACGUACGGAGAAAGCCGGUCCCAUAUUUUAUCUCAUCCUCGUCGCAAAGUUUUGAAGAGAAAUUCAGAUGAUUGGUUUGUAAUUUUUACGUCUAAAUCCCUGGGAGACAUUUAUGAGAUUCAUAUAUGGCAUGACAAUUACGGAUCAAGACCUGAAUGGUAUUGUGAGAAAAUCAUUGUAUACGACUUGACAAACGGCGCCGAGUCAUUAUUCAUUGUGGACCAAUGGCUGGCGCUGCAGGUGGGAGACCAUCCCGAGGCUAGACUGAUGAUCGCAAGUGAUCAGGACAUGCGGAGCCUCAAACGGGUGUUUCUGGACAACACGAUCCUCGGCUUCCGCGACUCCCACACCUUUCUGAGCAUCUUUGUAAGGCAUCCACGCAGUGAAGUAACUAGGGUUCAGAGAGUCAGCAUAUUGAUGUGUUUCAUCAUUGUGGCAAUGUUAAGCAGCAUCAUGUUUUACAAGCCAGAUGAUCCAGAUAACCCGACUGAUGAUUACCAAUACGACGUUGGAACGAAGGAACUUAUUGUCAGUGUUCAAACUACUAUAAUUUCAUCAGUACUGACUAUCUGUGUGCUUGUUGCUUUUAGGAGAAGUUAUAAGAUUUCUCACAAAAGACGUCGCACCACUCUUCAUUACCGAAAAGAUCAGUUUGAAGAAACGCAGUCUAUGAGCUCUCGGUUCUCACAAGCAAACUGUAAUCAAGGCAAGUCAUUCUACGACAACUACGUACAUUAUGUUACAAAGUAUCUGAAGGGUUCUCCAUUGACACCUGUUUAUAUGCAGGAAAGCAGGGAGACAAUACAGAAGAGGAUGCAUUGGUACAUUAUAGCUUGGUUGGUGUGCACCGUAGUAAUCCUCGGAUCCUCAUACCUGGUCAUGCUGUACGGACUCAAGCUCGGCCACGUCCAGAGCCAGAAGUGGCUGACGUCCUCAGUUAUGAGCCUAGGGCAAGACAUCUUUGUCCUGGGUCCCGGCAAGAUUAUCGUCAUUGCUGUUCUGUUGUCUGUAGCCUUCCAGUUAUCGACCAAAGUGGAUCUUCAUGGAAUAGAUGUAAAAGAUGUGCUGAGUUCUAGGAAAAAUGAUGUUAGCUUGAACUAUGCUAAACUCUUAAUUAAAAGAAAUCAUCCGAUGUACUUGCCUCUAUCAUCAUUGGCCAGACAGGAAUUGCUGGAAAAGCACGAUAUAAGGCAAAAGUGGUGGAGUUUUAUUGACUUUAUGAGCGUUGUGAUUAGUGCGGUUGUUGUGAGCUCUAUAAUCUACCGUCUGUGGACUUCCCACUACCAUGGAGUCAACCAUUUGAUAAACAUGUUCUCCAAAACACACAGAAAAGAGUUUGAUUCUGUAGACAUUGAAAAAAUCAACAAUACAGACGCGGUUGACAACUAUUUUGAAGUUACUCUUUUUGAAGUUUUGUUCAACCUACACUGGUAUAAUGAUGAUCGUUUGACUACAAUGAAAGAAGAGCCAGAAGGGAUACUGAAGUACUGGGCCAUUGAUUGUCACCACAAGAUGAUUGGAAAACCUCUAGUUAGACAAGUCAGAGUGGUACCUCACGAGUGCCAUAAUCCUUACUUCACGCGGAUGAAGAAGUGUCUGUUGAAGUGGAGUUUACCAAACAAAGACACAAACGUGUAUGGAGAAGGCUGGGAACCUGCGACAUAUCUUGACACUACCAAGGAGGACUCACCCUGGGAGUAUAGGGCGAGAGGAACAACGUUUUGGUGGACAAACCAGCGGUUUUACGGUAAAUAUAGCCAAUUGUAUGACGUCAGUGGCUACUACACUUCUAUCGGCCCGACAAUGAAGCUGGCAGAGAGGACUUUGGCAGAACUGUGGGCCAACAGUUGGCAGGACUGGUACACCAGGGCGUGUUUCUUCUCCUCUACCUUGUACAAUGUGAACGAACAGACGUUUACUCAGGUCACGUUGAUGUUUGAGUACUUUGUGGACGGGUCCAUGUACACAACCAUUACGGUCAUCCCGGUAUCAAGAGUUAUUAAGUUUGGAGUUUGGGAGUUGAUAUUCCUCCUUUACACUUUCUACUUUUUGUUUCGCUGUGGCUAUGUCAUCAACAGGACAGGACUUUUAGAGUAUUUAAAGGUUGUAACCAAUGUGGUUCGCAUAUUUAACAUAACCUUAUCAUUUCUGGCGAUAGUUAUUUGGUGUUUCCACCAUCGAAUGUCCAUCAGGUACGCUCAACAGUACAUGAAAAAUCACACUAGUGAUUCCUUUGACUUUGACAACUUCAUAAAGACUUUCAGUUUACUUCAAGUAGUGCUGUCUGUAUUGCUGGGCCUUGUACUUACUGCAACCGUUAUGCGGAUUGAAGGUGGGAGAAGAUUCUUGAACUCGUAUUACACUUUUGUCAUUUCGCUUAUUUGGUUGUACUGGAUGACUUUGGGUCUACUACUAACACUUUGUGUGCUUAUAAAUCUUCAAUAUCUUCUCGAUUGUCCACAAUACUUUAGGAUAAAAGAAUUAAUAUUCUUUAAAAGAAUGACGGAGCUUUUAGAAAAUAACACUUUGGAAAGUGGCAAUGUUCAAAUCUUUGUCGCGUUUAGGACAAUUGUGAUGUUCUUUAUUCGUAUUUUCUUUAUAUUAUUGUUCUUGUAUUAUACACGAAUUGCCAGAGCGUACAAGUUAAGGGAUUCAGACAACUUUAACUUUGUGUCAUUUAUUUUAGAUAGAUUGAAAAAAUGCUGCAACCGAAAUAAAAAAUGAAAUACAUUUUAUUCGAUAAUGAACCUUAAAUACCUUUGAUUUAAUACAGUUGCCAAUACGAAGGACUUAUACUUUUUAAUGUAUACUUUGAUAAAUGUAUAUUUCAUGUUACUUAC